AUGACAUCAGUUUCUAAAAAUUGUGAAGACCCACAGCCUGUGCAAGCGGUAUCUCUCGUAGUUCCACCCUUUAUUGAAAAGGAUCCCGUUUUGUGGUUCAUGAUUUUAGAAGCUGAAUUUACUUCUAUGCAUGUUACCAAUGACUCUGCAAAGUUUAAUCACUUGCUAACACGCCUGCCGACUGAGGUUACUUUAGCACUACGUGAUCUUAUCAUUACAUCUUGUCUUCCUGACCGCUAUAAUUCUCUCAAGAACGCAGUUAUAAAGCGUGUUACUCCCUCAGUGAAGUCCCGCCUGCACAAACUUUUUACUGGUCUACAGCUAGGUUCUAGUAAGCCAUCCGCGCUAUUUCUAGAGAUGCGUGGUCUCCUUCAAGGGUUGCAUAUGGACGAGUCGCUGCUUCGAGAGUUAUGGCUUCAGCGUUUGCCUGAAAACGUACAAGCUAUGCUAUCGCUUGCGAAAUCGCAGCCUUUGUCAGAAGUUGCAGAUAUUGCUGAUGAUAUGAUGGAUCGCUUCACUGGACCACUGUGUCCGUCGUCUAGUUCUCUUCGCUCACCUGACGUACGUUUGACUGCUGACCCUUCGGUCCAAACCAUCGACACCGCUACUCCACCUUCGACUGGUGAGCCCUUAGCAGAGAUAGCCGCGCUACGGCAAGAAGUUCAAAACUUAAAGUUACAUCGGCACCCAUGGGAUUAUCCAUCCCGUUCCCCUAGCCUAUCUCGAAGACGAACACGACUUCCAAUUUGCCGUUAUCACGCACGUUUUGGAAGUUCCGCUAGAAAUGGUAUAAAACCAUGCUCAUUUCCCGUAACGAGAAAAAGGACAGGACGACACGUAUUGGCGACGAACGCCGUCGGCCGAAGUCGUCCAAAUCGCCUCUUCAAAAUCGUUGACAGGAACACCGGGAUCAUGUUCCUGGUUGAUACCGGGGCGGAAGUUAGCGUGAUCCCACCGGUUCCAGGCGACACGACUAAGCCACAGACAACUAACUUGA